AUGGGCAUCGGCAAGCGCAGCCGCUCCCCGUCCCGCGCCGGCUCCGUGUCGAGCGCGGCGUGCGGCGCGGGGGCGGGGGGCAGCCUCGCCAUCCCGCACACCUUCGAGGUGCACUCCUACACCAGGCCCACCGUCUGUCGGUACUGCAAGAAGCUGCUGCGGGGGCUGUUCAAACAGGGUAUGCAGUGCCGCGACUGCCACUACAACGCCCACCGCAAGUGCAUCCCGCUCAUCCCGAAGGACUGCGGCGCCGAGAUACGGGACCCGCACAGUAAGUGUGAGUACCAGGACAGCAGCACUGGCAGCGAGUUAUCAGAGUCGGUGCGAAUGCCGGACGACGAGUCAGACGACGGAGGCAACGACGCACCCGAUAUCACUACUAUUGAUGAACACGAGGUACAACUGCGUCGUCGGCCUGGAGACCACGAGGAUGAACCGCAGCGUGACACACUCCCGGAGCGAUCGGCGAGCCGGCCGAGCAGCUCAUCAUCAUCUCCCAGUGCAAACAUACCCUUAAUGCGAAUCGUGCAGUCGGUCAAACACACCAAGAAAAGAGACGGACAAUGGUUGAAAGAAGGAUGGCUGGUCCACUUCACAAAUAAGGAUAAGACUUUGAAACGUCACUACUGGCGGCUCGACAGUAAAUCAAUUACUCUAUUUACGUCAGAACAAGGAACAAAAUACUACAAGGAAAUCCCACUGAACGAAAUUUUGGCGAUAGAUACUGCCAGGCAGCCCCAUCCAGGUACAGGUGUGCUACACUGUUUCGAGGUUCGCACGGCCAACGUGGACUAUCUGGUGGGGGUGGAGGAGGCGUGGGUGGGUAGCGCGCCUCCCCCGCCGGACUCGGGGCUGGGGGCCUACCUCGCACGCUCUUGGGAAACUGCCGUCAGGCAGGCGCUGAUGCCUGUCACCCACCAUGCCGCCGAGUCGCGAGGCGCGGGCGCGCCCGAGGCGGAGGGCGAGGCGGCCACCGAGGAGCGCGUCACCGACAUGGCGCAGCUCUACCAGAUCUACCCCGACGAGGUGCUGGGCUCGGGGCAGUUCGGCAUCGUCUACGGCGGCCUGCACCGCCGCACCAAGAGACCCGUGGCCAUCAAGGUGAUAGACAAACUCCGCUUCCCGACAAAACAAGAAGCUCAACUGAAGAACGAGGUAGCGAUCCUCCAGAAUUUGUCGCACCCGGGAGUUGUUAACUUAGAACGAAUGUUCGAGACUCCAGAGCGGAUCUUUGUCGUCAUGGAGAAGUUGAAGGGAGAUAUGCUCGAGAUGAUACUGUCACAUGAGAAUGGGAGACUGACGGAAAGGAUUACCAAGUUUUUGGUAGCGCAGAUUUUAGUAUCCCUCAAACAUCUACACGAGAAAAACAUAGUCCAUUGCGACUUGAAACCGGAAAACGUCUUGCUGUCCACCGACGAAGAGUUUCCACAAGUAAAGCUGUGCGACUUCGGCUUUGCCAGGAUCAUCGGCGAGAAGUCCUUCAGAAGAUCCGUGGUUGGCACACCAGCAUAUCUUGCUCCUGAAGUCCUCCGUAACAAAGGCUAUAACCGUUCUUUAGACAUGUGGUCGGUAGGUGUGAUCAUUUACGUGUCACUCUCUGGCACAUUCCCCUUCAACGAAGAUGAAGAUAUUAACGAACAAAUUCAGAACGCUGCUUUCAUGUACCCCCCUACACCCUGGAGGGAAAUUUCGGCGGAAGCGAUCGACCUGAUCAACAACCUGCUGCAAGUGAAGCAGCGCAAGCGCCUGUCGGUGGACAAGUCGGUGUCGCACGCGUGGCUGCAGACGGGCGAGGCGUGGCGCGACCUGCGCGUGCUCGAGGCGCGCGUGGGCACGCGCUACCUCACGCACCCCAGCGACGACGCGCGCUGGCCGCCGCCCGAGCCCACGGCCCCCGAGCCCUCCGCCCCCGAGCCCCCCGCCCCCCGGCCCUCCGCGCCCGACCAGCGCUGA